GAAAGACCAAUAAAAAGCGUGGGAAAAUUCUCCCCACUUUUUCCAUUUACAGGGCUGGUUAUUAAAAGAAAGCACGCGGGGACGCCUGCCGAACAGACCGCAGAGUAGUAGAACGACGGAGUACUGAGGAGAAGUCAACCAACAGAAGAACCCAACUUUACGAGUGACAGGUGACAGAGGAUGUCCAGAGCUGACUGGUCCUUCCUGGAGCAGCUGUUGGAGGAGGGGCAGGAGUAUAGCACCGGGGUGGGCCGUGUCUGGCUCACUGUCCUAUUCCUGUUUCGCAUGCUGGUCCUGGGCACCGCCGCAGAGUCAGCCUGGGAUGACGAACAGGACGACUUCGUCUGUAAUACCAAGCAACCUGGAUGUACUGCCGUGUGUUACGACAAAGCUUUCCCCAUAUCACAUUACCGCUAUUUUGUCCUUCAGGUGAUUUUUGUUUCCACGCCGACUAUUUUUUAUUUCGGAUACGUGGCCAUGAGGGCUGCAAAGGAGAAAAAAAAGGAGGAAGAGGAGGAGGAGAGGACGGAGGAGGGUGGGGCUGGUGAGGGACGAGAGAGGGGAGGAGUAAAGAAGAAGAGGGAGGUGAGAAAGGGGGAUGAGAUAGACGAACUAGUGGAGGAGAAAGGAGGGCGAAAGGUGGUGAAAGCUCUCCCAGAGGCUCCUAAGCUGAAGGGCCGUCUCCUCUGUGCCUACGCCGCCAGCAUCCUCCUCAAGGUCCUCCUGGAGGUCGGCUUCAUCGUGGGGCUAUGGUACCUCUACGGCUUCGUGAUCCCGGCCCGGUUCGAGUGUGUCCGGGACCCCUGUCCUCACACGGUGGACUGCUUCGUCUCCAGACCCACGGAGAAGACCAUCUUCACCAUCUACACCCAGACCAUCGCUGGAGUCUCGCUCCUUCUCAACCUAGCAGAGCUCCUCUACCUCCUCCAGCUGGCCAUCACCCACCACCUAGAACAACGCUACGCCCAGGAGCAGUACACCUUUCCUGGCAUAGCCGGGGUCCGAGUCCAGCCUGGUGCUCCAAGCCUGGAGAUGGAGAUGCAGCAAGUUUCGCCUUACCAGGAGAAGGGCCAUCUGUAUUUACCCAUGGGGGAGGCCGGCUACGCCAAGCCCUGUGAGAGUUAUCUGGACCUGGGGGAGGCCGGCUACGCCAAGCCCAGUGAGAGUUAUUUGGACCUGGGGGAGGCCGGCUACACCAAGCCCAGUGAGAGUUAUCUGGUCCUGGGGUCCAGAGCAGGGAUGGAUCCUGGUGGUGACAUUCUCCCCAGUUAUUUGAACUGUUUGGGGGCGAUAAGGACUACACACUCUUCAGGGAGAGCUCACCAUAAGAAAUACAGCACACAACACACACACAGUAAGGGUGCCCAGAAGGGACACAGUAACAAACACACUAAGCAUUAUGUAUGAGGAAACCAGAGAGGUUUGGUUCUGUGAAUAGGAGAAAGCCAUAUGUCCACUACAGACUGAUACAGGCACAGGGGGGGUGGAAUGCACAAGAAUAGGGAAACACUUUACUUGACACCCUGUGUCAUAACCAUGUCAUAAUAUGGUCAUAACAGCUGACAUUAACUUGUCAUAACCUGUUAUAAUAGGGUCAUAACAGCUGACAUUAACCUGUUAUAAUUGGGUCAUAACAGCGGACAUUAACCUGUCAUAACUUGUCAUAAUAUGUCAUAACAGCUGACAUUAACUUGAAUGUAGGAGCAGACUUCAGGAGCAGGACAAGACACCCUCUAUUAGACUGAUGACUGGGAUGAAUGUAGGAGCAGAUUUCAGGAGCAGGACAAGACACCCUCUAGACUGAGGACUGGGAUGAAUGUAGGAGCAGACUUCAGGAGCAGGACAAGACUGGGAUGAAUGUAGCAGCAGGUUAUGACUAGUUAUGUCAGCUGUUAUGAUCGUGUUAUUACAUGUUACUGAUUGUAUUGCGCAACAUAUACCUUGAAGGCAAAGACUAUGUAGUGGAGACUAGAUUACAUCUUCCUCAUUCAAAUGGGAACCAGAGAAACCUCCCUCAGGUGAGGUACGAUCCUUGAUCAUGGAACACCAGAGAAUGGGAACAUGAGAAACCUCCCUCAGGGGAGGUACGAUCCUUGAUCUUGGAACACUAGAGAAUGGGGACAUGAGAAACCUCCCUCAGGGGAGAUACGAUCCUUGAUCAUGGAACACCAGAGAAUGGGAACAUGAGAAACCUCCAUCAGGGGAGGUACGAUCGUUGAUCUUGGAACACUAGAGAAUGGGAACAUGAGAAACCUCCCUCAGGGGAGAUACGAUCCUUGAAACACUAGAGAAUGGGGACAUGAGAAACCUCCCUCAGGGGAGGUACGAUUCUUGAUCAUGGAACACCAGAGAAUGGGAACCAGAGAAACCUCUCCUGACGAUUAUUGAUCAUGGAACACCAGAUAAUGGAAGCAUGAGAAACCUCCCUCAAGGGGAGGUACGAUCCUUGAUCAUGGAACACUAGAGAAUGGGAACCAGAGAAACCUCUCCUGACGAUCCUUGAUCAUGGAACACCAGAUAAUGGGAACCAGAGAAACCUCCCUCAAGGGGAGGUACGAUCCUUGAUCAUGGAACACUAGAGAAUGGGAACCAGAGAAACCUCUCCUGACGAUCCUUGAUCAUGGAACACCAGAGAAUGGGAAACGAGGAAUAAUGGAACAGUAAAAGGAUGCAGUAUAAUUCAGCUAUGUAUGACUACAGGAAUCCUUCUAUUCCAAUGGGAUAAGCCUAUGCAGUGGCUGAUUGUGACAAUGGAAGAACUUGGGAUUCCACAGGGAAAACAGCCUACAGAGCCCAUGCAGUGCAGUGAGGUCUUGUGAGAAAGCAUGGGUUAGGGGGGGGGGAAAUAUGUCUGUGUCCCAAAUGGCACCCUAUUCCCUACAUAGUGCACUACUUUAGACCAGAGCCUCAUGGACCCUAGUCAAGAGUAGUGCACAAUGUAGGGAAUAGGGUGCCAUUUGGGAGGUAUCCUUUAUGUUCUGAAUUAAGCAUGUUCCCUAAGGGAUUCAUGUGACCUCAGAAUGCUGCUAGAGCCAGUGGAAUGUACUGGACUAUUCUGUCUCCCGGAGACUAGUGUACUGGGAUCUCUGGACUAUUCUGUCUCCCCGGAGACUAGUGUACUGGGAUCUCUGGACUAUUCUGUCUCCCGGAGACUAGUG